AUGUCUUCAGACAUUCCAGAUUCUGAUGAGUUGAAAUUGAAAUAUCAAGAAAUUGCAGCUUUAAAAAAAUCAAUAGCUGAAAAACAAGCUUUGAAAAAUAGACAAAAUCAAAAUAUUGCAAGAAUAAAGAAACAACAACAUAAUCAUCAUUAUACUCAUAAUAAUAAUAUGAAUCCUAACAAGUUUCAAAAUAUGAAAUUAAUAGUCAAUCAGGUGCCCAAUACGAACAAUAAUAAUCAAUAUAUUAGUGCAAUGUCAAAAGGUGGAAAUUCAUUAUAUAAUUCAUCAAUUUAUCAACAAGAGGCUGAGAAAUUACAAGAAAAGAUUGCACUUAAAAAGAAACAAAUUGAUCAAGAAAAAUAUUUAAAUAAACUAAAACUAAGAAUCUCCAAAUAUAGAACCUUGACUGAUAAUUGUGAUAGAAUUAAAAUAAAUGGUGAUAAAUAUGCAAUUACAAAGAAUGGAAAAUCAUUAGUUCCUGUUAGAAUGUUUCAAUUAAAUAAUCCAAAUGAAUGUAUAUGGAAUGGAAGUAAGUAUAUUAGGGGUAAAAAUGGUGGUUUUAAAAAAGUUGGUGGUAGGAAAAAGAAAAAGUAUGUGUAUGGAUGCUUGAAAUAGGAUGCAAGCAAGGAUGCAAUUUGAAUAUAGAGUAAAAGGGUGCAAAAUUUCUGCAUCUUGUAAGGAUGCAAUAUAUUUUUGUUGUAUUAGACAUAAUGUAACGUUUAUUACUAACUCAUUCUAGGAAGGAAUAUUGUCGUUAUUACUCAAGAACAGGUUCGUAUCAAAUUCAAGCUGUUUUAAUAGUAUUACUAACUUUUAAUCUUUGUUUGUGAAUCUUUCAAAGAUUAAUUAUAGGAAUGUGUCAGAAAGGUUCAAAUUGUAAAUAUAUUCAUGAUAAAUCAAAAAUUAAAAUCUGUUCGUAUUAUCUACAAGGUAAUUGCUCAAAUCGAAAUUGUUUAUUAAGUCAUUUUUCAAAUGAUAAUAAUACACCAUUAUGUCGUUAUUAUCUUGAAAAUAAAUGUUCAAAUCAACAAUGUAGAUUUUCACAUUAUAAACCAAAACAUUAUGAUGAUUCAAAUUAUGAAAUUUGGACAUGUAGACCAUUUGUAAUUGGUGGGUUUUGUUUAAGAGGUAAAAAAUGUCCUUUUUUACACGUUUUAAAUUGUCCCGAAUUUGAAGAAGAUAAUUAUUGUAAUAAGGGAAGAGAAUGUAAAUUAAAUCAUCAAUAUACUUUAAGAACACAAGAUUUAAUUUCAUCAAGAACUAACAAAUAUAUAAGAGAAGAAACAGAAACAUUAGUUGAAGGAGAAGAAGAGCAAAAUAAUAAACCAGAAAAAGUGAUUAUUAGUAGUUACACUGUUGAUCCGUCAACUUUAUUUGUAACUGAUGAAAUGGGAAAUUAUCAAUAUUAUGUUGAUAUGAAUGGUAAAAAUAAUGAAGAAAUAAGUAAUGAUACUAACAGAACUCCACUGAGUGAGUUUUUAAUUGAAAUCUCUGAUUCAUCAGAAGGAGAAGAAGAAGAAGAUGAAGAUGAUGAUGAGGAAGAAGAAGAUGACGAAGAUGAUGAUGAAGAAGAAGAAGAGAAUGGUUUACAAGGUAAUCAAGAUUUUGUAGAUAUUUAA